AUGCCGUCGGUGAAAAACCCCAACGCCCCCUCCAAGAACCGGCUCGCCGCCCGCGCUGCCAAGCUGCGCAAGACGCGGCAGAAGGCGUCCAAGAUGGGCCAGUUGGCGCGCCAGGGCGGCGCCGUCGCCAAGGCGGACGCCCGCCGUGGCGCGCGGCCGGGCCUCCUCCCGACCAGCGGGCCCAACGCGGCCAUCAGCAAGAAGAAGCAGCGCAAGCUGGAGAAGGCGCUGAGGCAUGCGCUCAGGCGCAAGGCGGAGAGGGAAGGCGGGGCGGCGGUCGUCGAGAUGACGGAUGCACCUGCCGAGACUGAGAAGCAGCAGAAGCAGCAGCAGCAGCAACAGAAGAAAGGCGAGGCGGAAGUGGAGAUGGAUAUUGAGUGAAGGGGUCCGGUUCGGAAAGGGCGGCUAAGCGAG